AAAGCGUUCUCCAACAGACAGCAAAACUCAGGAAACAGACGAGCGUGGUUCCUGCAAAUGUAAAAACAAAUGUCUUCAGAAGAAGAGGAACCAUCGAGUCCCAUUCUCCCCAAAGACUCUGACCGGGGAAGCUCCGUGUCCUCUGAGCUUCAGGAUGAGUAUGAGGAGCUGCUCCGCCAUGCUGUUGUCACCCCAAAACUUGAGGCAUUCACCAGUGCUAAGCUAAAGCCACCGAGCACCUCGCAUCUUUCUGUGCUGGCCCCUGCCCACCAGAGUAAAGAUUACACACAGUCACAGCACCUGUCUGAUCCUGAAAUUAAAGAUGGGAGACAUUCAGGAAGGAGUAUGAGAUCGUCACAGUCCUCUCCCUUAAUUAUUGAGCCCUCCACACACUCAGGAGCCUCUCAUGCUGAGAGGAUGGAAGGUCAGUCGUCUGGCAGGGCGUCCGCGCUGUCAGACGCCGCCUCAGACAGGUUGCACGUGGCGUCUGAGAGGUCGAGGCCAAGCAGCCCGGACCCACUCGAGUUUGCUGUGUCAGAGAUGUUUAUUUCAGACGCAAACAUAAGCAAGAUGGAGAGCAUUCUGGACACGUGGAGCAACAAACUGAAGUCCAACGUGCUGAUGGAACUGCGGAAGUGGAAGCUCGUCUUCGUGGAGCAACACAAGCAGGAGAUGAUGAAAGAGCGAAGAAAAUAUGAAGCCCAGGCAGCUGGUCUCAAGUCAGAGCUGGAUAGCCUGAAGGAGCUGCUGCACACCUACGAGACGUCCAACCAGAGGAAAGACGAGGUAAUCGGAAACCUGUGCCAUGUUUUAGAAAGACAAAAAGAAAAGCUUGAAAAGAUGAGGGCCUUCACCCACUGGAGACUUCAGCAUGCCGAGGCCAAAGAAGAGGCUCACGCCGCUCAGGUAGCACGGCAGCACUACCACUUACAGCUGAAGAAGAAGGUCUGGUUAGGGUGGCGCUCUCUGGUCCAAAAGCACUGGAAGGACCAGGUGGAGAAGGCGUGCCGUCUGAGGGCUGAAGAGGUCUGCACUCGCUUGUCUGCUGACUAUGAGGCCAAACUGGCAGAGCACUGUGAGGCUAUAGAGAAGGCCCAAGCCGAGAUUCACAGGCUCCGAAUCGAGCGAGAGCAGUAUGAAGAAUCCAUGAAGAAAGCCUUCAUGAGGGGAGUGUGCGCUCUCAACAUGGAGGCCCUCAGCAUGUUCCACGGUCCAGAGGGGAGGCAGGAACAGCCUCCACUCACUAAUCAAUAUGAUCCCCUGACCACCCGGGAUGAGCCGAUGUCCACAUCAGUCUCUCAUCUUCAGACGCAUCCCACCUCUUCCUCACGCUUCAGCCCUGUCCACCCUGACCAGCCAGAGCCUUCUCACAGCGAAGCUGAUGAAGCAGCGGGCUCAGGCGCCCACAUGUCCCGGGAAGAAGUCUUCCCUUCCACGAUGGUGCUGCACACCUCACUUCCACUUGGAGGCAUUGCAAGUUCCCACAAACAGGUCAGCGGUCGUGUUGUGACAACAAGUCAACAGAAGCCCUCAAAGACCGUGACGGCUCGCAUCACCGGCCGCGGCGAGGUUAGCAAGGCUGCGCGCAGCAGCCUCAACGUGAUGGGGGUGGCUCCUCCCAUGAGCUCCGUGAUCGUCGAGCGCCAUCAUCCCGUUACCCAGCUCACCAUCGGACAGGCCACAGCUGCGAAGUUUCCUCGCUCCUCCCAACACGCGUCCACCGCUGGAGCCAGAGGGUCGUCGAGAACACACGCCAGCUCGUGCCACGUUCACUCCAUAAAAGUAGUUGACUAGCUCCACUCAAGAUUUUGUCGGUUGGUGCCCUUUUAAUCUAGGUUUAACAUGUUUUAUGCAACAAUCCCGUGAAUGGCGACCCAGAUGUUAGUUUCUGGUUCAUUUUACCUUAAUGUCAGAUAAUGAAUCUGCUCAGCAAUUUCAGUUUUUAUGGAUAAAUGGCACAAUUUCCUGAGCAACAGGAUUUUUCUCAGGAAACACUAAACAGACAGAUGUUUGAACUGGAAUAUGUAAAUGUUUUUAAUUAUUACAUAUUUGACAGUUUAGAAUUGC